AUGAGUAACCGCCAUCUGCCGGCUGGGCAGAACAUACAGGGAGGAGCUGGUGGAGUCCCCGGGGUCGAUAUGGUCGGCGGUCCUGGAGGGCCUCGUCGGAGGCAGGCGCCUCCGUAUGUGCCGCAGUAUCAGCAGCAGCACCACCAGCACCAUCACCAGCACAUGAAUCCCAUGUAUGGUGGCUACACCCAGUUCGCGCCCCAGCCUUACUACAACAUGCCGCCGCAGUACCAGAACACCCAGUACCAGAACGCACAAUACCAGCACCAGUAUCUCAAUGGACAGUACCAGAACGGGGGUAUGCCCUCGCCUGGCUACAUGCCGUACCAGAACUACGCUCGGUCGCCGCCCUCCAUGCACCAGUACGUUCCGAUGGUCGGCGUGAGCGUGCCGCCAAGCUACCCUCCUCGUCCUGCUCAACAACAUUCUCCUGCGCUCUCGACUCCCUACCAGCCCCCGCCUGCGACGGCUCCGAUUCCGCCCCAUACGCCAUCAUCCACCAACUCCUCCCAGAUGAUGCCUCCCCCGACUCCGCCGACGCCGCAAACUACAGAGCCGCAAGCUCCUGUCGUUCCUGCUCCUGCCCCUGCUCCCGCUUCUGUUCCCGCUCCCGCUCCCGCUCCUGCUCCUGCUCCUGCCCGGGAGCCUUCGCCGGCUCCGAAGGCGAAAGAGCCUUUCCGUGCUCCUCUUCCUUGGCUUUCCCACCCUGAUGCCGAGUUUCCUGUCAGAACCACCAAGUCACGACGGAGGAGGAGACUCUUGAACGCAGACAGCCAGGCUGUAUCCUUGCCCGUCGAGCAGCACGAGGCCGCCACGGAGCAGUCUGAACAAGCAACCAUUGCCAAGACAGCGUCAAAAGAACCAUCAAUUGCUUCCCAGACCCCUGCGACGUCCGCGGCCCCAUCCGAGACUGCUGCAACCCCUCGUCAGCCCGAGGAGUCCGCCGUUCCCGUUCAAGCUUCCUCUACUUCUCAACGGUCCCGCACCAACACUGUGACUAGCAGCACCUCGACGGCCACCAGCAGACCCGCCACGCGCUCCUCCGCUGCCCCUGCUCCCGCUCUUCCUUCUUUGCCCAAGUCUGGUGCUAAGGACGCCAAGCCUGCUCGUGCUGAAAAGCCGGUCAAUGGCGAUGUGGUUGCCGAAACUCCGUCUCAGGAUGCGACGUCUACUGCUGCCGAGAAGCUCACCGAGCCUGAGUCCGAAACUGCAGAGGCGCCUGCUCCUGCUGUGAAGCUUCCACCCUCAAGCUGGGCUAACCUUUUUGCGAAGCCUGCCGCCGCAUCCGUCGCAAAGACUGGUGCUACCAAUGGUGCUGUUGCUGGCAGCGCUACUACCAAUGGGCAUAGUGCGGAAGGUGUUGUCACUGCCACGAAUGGCUCUACUGCCAGUUUCUCCAAGGCCAAUGCCAACUCGGUUGCGGAGGCCAUUCAAUCUUUCAACGUUGGUCUUGCUGACCAGCUUUCGUUCCUCGAGCCUCGCGGCUUGAUCAACACCGGCAACAUGUGUUACAUGAACUCGAUCAGCAAGCGAGCUGUCCAUAGCUUCAAGAGCGAGACACCUCUCAUUGACGCCAUGAUCAUGUUCAUGCAUGAGUUCAAGAUCAUCAAGUCUGCUUCUUCAGUCGAGCCCCUGCGCCGCUCUCUGAAGAAUGAGGAGUUGGAGCGCUAUGGCGAGCCCUUCACUCCUGAGUUUGUCUACGAAGCUAUAAGACAGCUGCCUCGUUUCGCAAGCAUGAGGCGAGGUCAUCAACAAGACGCCGAAGAGUUCCUGGGUUUCCUUCUCCAAUCUCUCGACGACGAGUGCACUUCUGUUAUGAAUAGCUCCACUCUGGCGGAGCAGUCAGAGAAGGCUAAUGCCGCUGAGGGGGCUGCUGGUACAUCUGAUGAUUGGCUUGAGGUUGGCAGGAAGCAAAAGGCAGCGGUGACCCGAUCCGCUGGAUCCAACUCAUCGAGCCCCAUCUCCAAGAUCUUUGGCGGAUUGCUUCGAUCAGAGUUCCGCGUUCCCGGACUGAAAGACUCCAUCACCACUGAGCCCUACCAGCCGCUCCAGUUGGAUAUUGGAUCUUCAGAUGUACGCAACGUGGUUGAUGCGCUCCGGGGCCUCACCCGCCCUGAGCGUAUUCAGGGUGACUUCAACUCACCCCGAGGCAAGGACGUGACGGCCACCAAGCAGGUCUUCAUUGAGUCGCUUCCUCCCGUUCUCAUCCUGCACCUCAAGCGAUUCCAGUUCGAUGCGGAGGGCAACGGAACCGUCAAGAUCUGGAAGAAGAUUGGAUAUCCUUUGGAGCUCGAGAUUCCUCGUGACGUAUUGUCUCGGCAGAAACGCCAGACAUACACCGACGGAGCGAUGCCCAAGUAUAAGCUGAUCAGUGUGGUGUAUCACCACGGAAAGAACGCGAGCGGUGGACAUUAUACGGUUGAUGUGCGCCGCCAAGAAGGCCGUGAGUGGAUCCGUAUCGACGACACGGUCAUUCGCAGGGUGCGAAGUGAGGAUGUGGCCGAGGGCGGCGAAGAGGAAGAGGUGAAGGAUACUCGCAAGGAUGGCGCUGUUUCUGGUAGCUCGGGCAGCCGUUUCGAUGCCAUGACGGAAGACGCAGGGGAUGAAGUUGGGUGGAACAAGGUGACGGCUUCCACUGGAGGAGCCAAGAAAUGGAGCAGCGUCGCCAAUGGGGCCAGCAACGGCACUACCAAGGCGAAGCCGGUCAAGGACAACAUCAAAGACAACAAGGUGGCGUACCUGCUGUUCUACCAGCGGGUAUAA